ACCACAAAAUCCAUUUGGUCCAACAUGCCUCUUAAGGAGGAACUAAGAUCACCUUUGCAGCCACCAACAUAUGGAAAUUUAGUCACGAUCCUCAGCAUCGACGGUGGUGGGGUACGAGGAAUCAUUCCGAGCGUGAUCCUUGACUUUCUCGAGCACGAACUACAGCAACUAGAUGGCGAGGACGCAAGACUUGCAGACUAUUUUGAUGUAAUUGCUGGGACAAGCACAGGUGGUCUUGUGACGGCUAUGUUAACUGCUCCGAAUGAAGAUGGCCGUCCACUUUUUGCGGCUAAGGAUGUUAAAAGUUUUUAUCUUGAACAUUGUCCUAAAAUCUUUCCACAUGAUGGCAAUCCAUUGGCUCCUGCCACAAAAGUGAUCAAAGCUUUAUCAGGACCACAAUAUGAUGGUGAACACCUACACAUGAUUAUUCAAGAAAAACUACAAGAAAAACGACUCCACGAAGCAUUAACAAAUAUUGUGAUUCCGACAUUUGACAUCAAACGUCUGCAGUCAACGAUCUUCUCAAGUUACCAGUUAAAGAAGCACCCAAGUUUUGAUGCCAAGCUAUCAGAUAUAUGCAUUGGAACAUCGGCAGCACCAACUUAUCUUCCUUCUCAUUCGUUCCAAACCGAAGAUUCUGAUGGAAACUUACUUAAAGAAUUUAAUCUUAUCGAUGGUGGAGUGGCCGCCAACAAUCCGACUUUGGUUGCAAUAAGUGAAGUUACUAAAGAAAUAACCAUCGGAAGCCCCAACUUUUUCCCAAUAAAACCAAUGGACUAUGGCCGGUUUCUGGUUCUAUCAUUGGGGACAGGAUCUCCAGAAUUUCAAGAGAAGUACGACGCUGCAAAGUCGUCUAGUUGGGGCGUUUUGGGCUGGUUGGCUGGUGGUGGCUCGACUCCGUUGGUGGAUGUUUUUAGUCACGCUAGCAGUGACAUGGUUGACUACCAUAUAUCUACUGUCUUCCAGGCCCUUCAUUCACAGGAAAAUUAUCUUCGAAUUCAGGAUGACACUUUGAGUGGUGACUUAGCAUCCAUGGAUUUGGCUACCGAAGAAAACUUCCAGAAUCUAGUGAACGUGGGCGAGAAGUUGUUAAAAAAACCAGUGACCCGGGUGAAUUUAGGGACGGGCAUAUGCGAACCUUAUCAUCACACUACCAAUGAGAUGGCUCUAAAAAAGUUUGCAGCUAUACUCCACAAGGAGAAAAUUGUCCGAAAACUCAGAUCGCCAGAUACUAAUAGACGACAUUUUAAUCAAGGAAAGCCAAUCAAUGAUCCAACUACACUUCCACAAACAAUGCCAAUACUCUCCAAGACGAUUGAUCUCUCUUUGCCAGAUUUACAAGAGCUGAACCCAAACUAAGAUAUCAAAAUCCAUAGUGUUUGGCUAAAUAAAAUAAGUAGGAUAGCCUUUAGCUACUAGAUUGAUUGAAUAGGUUUGUACUUUAGACGUUAGACAUUUGCAGUUUGGUUACGUAUUUGUUAUAUUCAUAUUUAUGAUGUUUUAAUAUUUUGAUUAUA